ACACACACACACACACACACAGAGCAACAGGAAGGAAAAGUUUGAAAACACGAGCACAAAAGUCCGCGCCACGCGCCCCUGUGCGCCAUGGAGCUGAUGCUGCAGUGGGAGUUCUCGUGUGAAACGUCUUCAGAGGAACACGCGGUUUGAUCCACGAGAGGAAACAAAGUGACAGUUGAGAGAAGUCAGAAAUGUUUCCCUCCAGAUGCUUUCGUCCUUUUUCUCCUCCUCUUGUUGUUGUUGUUGUUGUUGUUGUCGUCGUCGCGUGGAUCCAGGCGGUCUCCCCCGCGCUGCUCCACGGCACAGACGCUCAUCUGUUCCUGGAGAACAUUUUGACUUUUUACGGAGAAAACUCUUCCAUCUCCACGAAGGAUCUGGAGAAUCUACUGCAGCUGAUUUCAGAGAGAAGAUCCAAGUCCGUGUUUGAAGGAAACCCGCUGUCAGACCAACAGUGUCUCUCUGCUGCACAGAUCUUGUCUCACUUUGGACUUUCUAAUGACAGUCAGCUGACUGUGGGACAUCUGGACACGAUCUGUCCUGCAGUGUUGACCCAGGUGCUGCUGCCCUCCUGCCCCUACGUCCACCCCACCCCCCCCUCCACACUCGACUACUCUGUGUGGGGUUAUGGUUUUCUGGCGGUGACUGUCAUCAACCUCGCGGCUCUGCUCGGCCUGUUCCUCAUUCCCUUCACCAGGAAAUCUUAUUUCCCUAAAAUCCUGACCUACUUCAUCGGCCUGGCCAUCGGGACGCUCUUCUCCAACGCUGUGCUUCAGCUCAUUCCAGAGGCUCUGGGUUUUGACCCCAAGUCCGAUAACUAUGUGUCCAACGCAGUUGGAAUCUUCGGGGGGUUUUACAUCCUGUUUGUUGUGGAAAAGAUUCUGAAAAUCAGUCUGCGCAUGGACCAUGAGCACGGCCACAGUCACUUCUCUCAGGAGAAUGGAGACGUGGUGGAGAAGAAGGACUCAGUCAUUGUGAGCAGCAUCAGCACCGUCAGCAGUCUGGAACAUACCAACAUGGCAUCUCCUCAGGAGGAGCCCUCGUCUGCUGUGAUGUGUCAGUGGCUGCGUGGGAAGAGCGUGUCCAGCAUAAAGACGGUUGCGUGGAUGAUCACGCUAAGCGACGCCGUGCAUAACUUCAUUGACGGCCUGGCCAUCGGAGCGUCCUUCACCGUCUCUGUAAUGACGGGAUUCAGCACGUCCACUGCCAUCGUGUGUGAGGAGUUUCCUCAUGAGUUGGGUGACUUUGUGAUCCUCCUGAACUCUGGUAUGAGCGUCCCUCAGGCCAUUUUCUUCAACCUGCUGUCGGCGGUGUCGUGUUACGUGGGCCUUGUGUUUGGAAUUCUCCUGGGCAGCAAUUUUGCCCCCAACGUAAUCUUUGCCAUCGCUGGAGGAAUGUUCCUGUAUAUUGGACUGGCAGACAUGUUUCCAGAGAUGGACAACAUCGCACGGGAACAGAAGAAAACCUCCACAAAGAUCGUCUUCUUCCUGAUCCAGAACGCUGGUCUGCUGUCGGGCUUCACCAUCAUCCUGCUCAUCACCAUGUUUGCUGGACAAAUCCAUCUGGGCUGAGACACACACACACACAGGAGGAGGAGACACAAACUGGAAAUUCACAAAAGUGCUGAGCUGCUGAUUGUGCUCACUAGGCCGGGCAACAUAAAUGAAUGUAAUGUGAUUUUUUUUUAUACAAAAACAAAGUAAGAAAGAAUAUUUUAAGGAGAUGCAAUGUUUUCAUUCAUCAUUUGAGUAGAAUGUUUACUUCAUAACAAAUGGGAAAAUCUUUAGAAUCAUUUCAGGUAUGAAAUCUACACAAAUUUGUUUGAAUAAAUUAUUAGUGUCAGGCUUGAUAUAUUGUGAAAUAUGGUGCUGUUUUGUAAACUAAACAUGUUGUGACAACACUGUCUUUGUUUAAAGCUGUUAUGGCAGCAGAGUUUGACCUCAGGGUCACACAUGAAAAAACUCCCGUGUUUCUGUGAAAACAAAACGUUUAAAAGACAUAAAGUCUGUUUAAAUCUAUCAAUCUCACCAGUGAUGAUAAAUAGGACUUAAAAGUGUCUUUAGACUUUGUUCUUAUGGUAAAUGUUUAACGACAUCAUCUGGCAUUGAGAUAACCUGACAUGUCUACAGUAAAACAACCACGAUGAUUAAAAUGCAAUCAUUUUUAUUACAAUAAUGAUUUUUUACAACCGAGCAAUCUCUACAUUAUUUUCUCAGUUAAUCAAUCGGUCGUUUCUUCCAUAAAACCUCACAAAUAAUGACCUCAAAUCACUUUUUGUCCACAAACCAAAGAUAUACAAUGUAGUGUCAUAGAAACUCAUUCAUGAAUAUUAACUUGGUUAGCAGGUAACUUGGUAAUCGAUUAGUAAACAAUGAAUCGUUGCAGUGUGUUUUACACGCACCUUCAUUAUAUGCAUUUUAAAGUUUUACUCUUUUGUGUUUUGUCGCCUGUAAAUCACUCACUUUCAGGUUAUACUGUAAAUAAACCAAAAUUCUACUUGA